GGAAGGAACAUUCCUCAGCUUCAGAACUGGACCGCUGCACUGAGUCCUGACAGCCCCUGGGGUGUGUGCACGGACAAACACAUCGGUCAGAAAAGGUGGCGCUUUCUGCGGCAGUGGUCGAACCGAAAAGAGUAAAAAAUAUUCCUCCUACCGGCCGGGAUCAGGAUCAGUUCAGACCAGAAUGGCCCGGGGUGUGGGUUUGGGGUUUUUGGUGCUCUUCCUCCUGGUUUGGUCGGCCACAGGCCUGCUGCUGAUGGAUCAACGCAGAGAAGCGGAGGAGGACAAAGGGCUCAGCAAAGCCAUUCUGGAAAUGCUUCAUAUCGAUAAAGUGUCAGCCAGCCAUCAUGCCAAACCACAUCCGUACAUGAGGAGGAUCUACCAGUACCUGGACUCCCUGGAGGCUCAGGAUUUUGGAAGAUCGGAUGGACUACUGGUGCAGAGUUUUCGCAGUGUUGAUGGUCCCCCGUACGCUCCACCAGGAUGGAUCUGGUUUAACGUCAGCGGCCUUGACCCCUCCAUGCUGGGCGCGGAGCUGGUCCUGUUCAGGAAGACCCUCCACCCCCGCCCGCUCAGCGUGACGGUCAGCCUGCACAGCGUGGAGCGGCAGCUGACCCUGGACCAGCGGCCCUCGUCCGGGUACGACGUGUUCGACGUGUCGGACGUUGUGGGCGGGGGGGCUCUGGAGGGGGUGGGCUUCCAGCUGCGCUACACGGAUGAGAGGGGCAGUCUGGUUCUGCACCAGGCCCUCACUCAGAGCCUGUACUGCCUGGACCGGGGCUCUCUGAGCGAACCCCUGCUGGUGCUCUAUAGGGAGCAUCCUCUCCAGGCCUAA